AUGUUUUUGUACAAAUUCUUUCGCGAGAGCUUCUUCGGUAGGACCUUGUAUCACCUUUCUGGGAGAAGGGUCCUAAAUUAUGCCGAGGAGGACAAGAACUAUGUGAUUCCGGAAAAGUAUCUUCAAGGCUUUGAACUCUCUUUUGAGACCGGCCUGAAAGGGCCCGACGGAAAAUUGGACGGAGACUCCGAUAUUAUUCUUGUUCAAUUUGAUGGUGAUGACGAUCCAGACAACCCUUACAAUUGGCCCUUGAAAUACAAGUCAUUCUUCAUUGCCCAGGUGAUGAUACUCACUACCUUUGUAUAUAUGGCAUCGGCUAUCUACAUCCCUGGCAUUGAGGCUAUAAUGGAGGAUAUGGGAAUUAGUCAGGUAGUGGCCACCCUACCUUUGACAUUGUUUGUGUUUGGCUAUGGAAUCGGUCCAAUGGUGUUUUCACCAUUAUCUGAAAACGCAAAGUAUGGUCGGACAUCCAUAUAUAUCAUAACUUUGUUCAUAUUCUUCAUUCUUCAGAUCCCCACUGCGCUUGUUCACAACAUUACGGGCUUGUGUAUUUUGCGGUUCAUUUCAGGUCUCUUUGCAAGUCCAUGCUUGGCAACGGGCGCCGCAUCAGUUGCAGAUGUGGUCGCUUUGCCACACAUCCCAAUUGCGAUUACCUUCUGGGCUCUUUCUUCAAUUUGUGCCCCAUCCGCAGGUCCCUUGUUCGGUGCUAUUUUGACCGUCAAGGCUAACUAUCAUUGGUCUUUUUGGUUUGUUUGUAUCACAUCUGGAGUGUCUUUUGUCGUUCUUGGGGCAAUGCUUCCAGAGUCUUACUCCAAAACCAUAUUAUACAGAAAAGCGGAGCGGAUCCGAGCAUUAACAGGAAAUCACAAUAUUUUAAGCGAGGGUCAUAUUGAAGUUUCUCAAACCACAAAGAGAGAGAUGCUUAUCGAGACACUCUGGCGUCCAAUAGAGGUGAUCAUUUUCGAGCCUGUGGUUUUACUUAUCAACGUGUACAUCGGCUUGGUAUAUUCGGUCAUGUAUUUGUGGUUUGAUGCUUUUCCAAUCGUGUUCCUUGACACUAACGGUUUCACGCUAGUUGAGAUGGGAGUUGCGUACAUGUGCAUAUUGGUUGGUAUCCUUGUUGCAGCCUCCAUUUAUGUGCCCAUGUACCAGCCCACAUAG